AUGGGGUGCCCCCCCGCGAAAAGGGGGGGGGCAGAGCCUUUGUCCGUGGCUCAGAAGUUUUCUUCUGCUUCUGCGCAGAGGGAGCCUCCUCCUCCUCCUCCUCCUCCUCCUCCUUCAGCGUGUGAGCCCCGCCUCCACGUCCCUUCGGAGGGUGCGGGGCCGCUCCCGGCGGAGGUGGAGACGCCGCUCCGCCCGCCGGUUUCCCCGCCUGCAGCCGUGCCUCCUCCUCCUCCUGCCCAUUCGGAGCUGGGAGACACACCCGCCGCUGAGAGCCAGCCUGAAGCCACCUCGGCAGGGGCGGAGACGCCACCUGCGCCGGCUCCCGCGCCGGCCCCUGCCUCGGAGUUGUCAGCCCCGCCUCCGGCACCGCCCGUCAUCGCUCCCGCGGCGGCGGCUGCGCCCCCUGCACCAGCGGCCGAUCCCUCCACAGCGGUCGGUUCCGCCGCGCCGGUGGUCCCGCUCGCCGGCUCGGAGCCUGUUCCCGAUGCGAGCUGUGAUGAUAUAGAAGACCCCCAGCCUGCGGCGUCGGCCGAAAACCUCCCCGCGCCGGCUCCGCCGCCGACAUCGGCUGUGAUGCGCGCCUCGCCGCCCGCACCGGCCCCCGCGCCGGCCCCGCUGGUCCCGGCUGCCCCGCCGCCUCCCGCGGCUUUCGCCGGGUCGCCAGGCGCUGCCAACAGCAACAGCAGCGAGCAGCAGCAGCCUGGGGCCGCGUUGGAGCGGACCCCGCCGUCUCCAAUCAGCCCGGGGUCCCCUCCCAGCCUGUUCUCUGCUGCUGGCGCUCCUCGGCAGCCCCUUGCAGCUGCCGCGAAAGUGAAAGUUAUGAAGUUUAGUGCCUUUCUGGGGAACAGUGUUUUUCUUGGUCCAAUUCUUGCUUGGGUGGGGGAUUCUCGCCGGAGCUCGAGGUCCCUCGCCCCUCCCGCUCACGUUUGGGGGGCGGGGGGGAUGAGUUCUGGGAAUGCUGCCGCUGGUCUUGUGCCCGGAGAGCGUGGGGGUGCUGCCGCCAGGGGUCUGAGCUGCGUGCCGGCCCAACCGUGCCGCAGGUCCUGAGAAUCAACAUUUCUCUGGGAAAAACACCUUCUCUGCUGAGCCCUGGGGCAGUUCUUGUGUCAUGCCCUCGUUUGAGGGGCGGGGGCAAACGCGUCCUGAGUGGCUGUGGCUGCGGCCACGGCCAGGCGCGGUGCGAGAUGAACACAAUGCUAGAAGACUUGCCGUGACACUGGCCACAUGGUGGGGGCGGGCUGUGAAGAUGAAGAUCCCGCCCCGCCGGUCGGGCUGGGACCGAUUGGUCCAGCCCCCCGGCCGGAGGGCCCCGUGUGCCCCACGGCCGAGUUUGGGAUCUUGGCUCCGCCCGCAUGGACCGGGGCCUCCAGCUGCGCAGGGUCUGAAAGCCUGCUACUUGCUGGGCAUUCUGAUUCCGAGAUUAAAAAAAAAAAAAAUUAGAUUUAAGAUUAAUUAAAUAGAGGUGGUUGAAAAGACAAAAAACAAGAAAAAAAGUGGUUGAUUUAAGAGUUUUGGCCAUGGCAUUUCAGAGAUUUUUUCAUUUUUUUUAAUUUGGUGAUGGUUUUUUGCACAAGAAAGGUAUGUUUGCAUGGUUGACAAUCAGCCCAGAGUUGGUUUUAUCAGUUGUUGCAGUCUCUGGGAUGACAUUCAGUGUUUUGGUAUUAGAUAAUUAUAUGAUGUCACAUUUGGUUUUUGUUUAUGGGUUUUUAAUUGUUGUUUGGACUUUCUUCAGUUGUUUUGUUUCAGGAUUCAGCAGUUCUCUGUUUCAGCAUUGAGAAAGACUUUUGAGGAUGUCAAGAUCAACGUUUCCAAUCAAUGGACACCUUCUCCCGAGAAUCAGUUGUUUGGACUUGAAAUUUGAGCAUUCUUUUAAUUGUUGUUUGGGUUUUUAUGUUGUAAGUUUUGUUUUAGAGAUUUGAUAGAUGGUUUGCAGGUAAAGGAUCUUGUUGAACAUUCCACAUCAGCAUUUGAUUUGGCUUUUGAUUGAUAACUAGCAAAUUGAUAAGGGAACCUCUUGAGAUGUGUUUGCUCUCUUUUGCAGGACCAUGCAGAAGAAUUGCAGAUGCAGUUUUUUUAUUUCAUUUUUUUUUUAAUUUAUACUAAAACAGUGAUAUGUGGCAAGCACAUUUCUUUCUCUCUCAGGAUUUCUUAUUGAGGUGCACAGAGAGAAAUGAAAGAGAAAACAAUUUCUAUUUCUGCUCCUUGUUUUUCUCUUGUGGAAUGUGUUUGGAGAAUUGUUUACCCAGAGUGAGUGCUUGGUUGGAUCAUGGUGGAUUGUUUGGGCCUGACAGCCAAUCGGAUCCACCUGUGUCUGGGCUCUGGAGAACAGGGUCACGAGUUGUGAGUUAGUUAGAUAUGAUAGUUAGAGAAAGUAGCAUGUAGUAUUUAGUAUCCUCUUUUAUAUAGCAUAUUAAUUAUUAUACCAUAAUUAUAAUAAAGCAAUCAUUCAGCCUUCUGAAAUGGAGUUAGACAUCAUCAUUCUUCCCAUUGGGUUCGCUGACAUCUACAACAGAGCUACCCCAGCCUAGGCCUCAGAUAUGGGCCUCAGUGAGGCCUUGAAGCCUAUGAGACAGUUAGAAAUUAGUCUGUAGUGCAAUCAGAAAUUAUGUUAAGGUGUAAGCACAGAGCAAUGGGCUUUCUGGGUGUGAAUUAGUAUCGGUCUGCAGUGUGAAACUUUA